AUGUCGCGACCAGACCCGUUCGCGGAUGAGCAUGGCACUCCCAUGUUGAACCCAUCUCAUCUCACAGGAUACAGUGCGCGCACUCCUUCUCCCGGAGGCUACCAGCUCCAAGACAAUCCAUAUGCGCAACAGUCGCAUCUUCCCAUGCCCUCCAGCGACCAUCUGCUCGAACAGCCCACUUAUUCGGUAGAGAAUGUCUCCAACUCAUACGGGUACCGCGACAACUACGGCGCUCAACAUCCUUACGCUAGUAAUGAUUAUGCGGUAGACCCUGAAGCCCACCACGAUGCCUACUAUACCCAACCGUACGAACCUACACACACCCCUCAUGACGAUUAUGACCUUGGCCAAUACCCCGAACCUGGCCACACUCCUUAUGAACAAGUUGAAGAGCCCAUGCUUGCCCCGGGCGAGAAUCCCUUCGGUCCUGACCCGCACGAGUACGAGGACGAUGUGCGCCCGACCCCUAGCCCACAGCCGAUUCGUCGCUGGAAAACGGUGAAGGAAGUGCAGCUCUUCAACGGCAACCUGGUACUCGAUUGUCCCAUCGCCCCAAGACUGCUGAGCCAGGUUCCCCACGCCGAAGCACCAGGACGUGACGAGUUCACUCACAUGCGCUACUCGGCAGCCACUUGCGAUCCUGCUGAUUUCUUUGAGGAACGGUUCACUCUGCGUCAGAAGCUUUUCGCAAAGCCUCGUCACACUGAAUUGUUCAUCGCUGUAACCAUGUACAACGAGGACGACUUCCUCUUUGCGCGCACCAUGUCCGGCGUGUUCAAGAACAUCGAUCACAUGUGCUCGCGCACCAGCAGCAAAACCUGGGGAAAGGAUGCUUGGAAGAAGAUCGUGGUAUGUGUUAUCAGCGAUGGUCGUGCGAAAAUUAAUCCUCGUACGCGUGCUGUGCUCGCGGGUCUGGGUUGUUAUCAAGAUGGAAUCGCCAAACAACAGGUCAAUGGCAAGGACGUGACCGCCCAUAUCUAUGAAUACACCACCCAGGUUGGAUUGGAAGUGAAGGGAACCCAGGUACACAUGAAACCCAGAUCUGGACCCCCGGUGCAGAUGAUCUUCUGUUUGAAGGAAAAAAAUCAAAAGAAAAUCAACUCCCACCGAUGGUUCUUCCAGGCUUUCGGUCGUGUUUUGGACCCGAACAUCUGUGUUCUUCUGGACGCUGGUACCAAGCCUGGCAAGGACUCGAUCUAUCACCUGUGGAAGGCUUUUGAUCUCGAACCCAUGUGCGGAGGUGCAUGUGGUGAGAUCAAGGUCAUGUUGUCCCACGGCAAGAAAUUGCUGAAUCCGCUGGUUGCCGGUCAGAACUUCGAGUACAAGCUCAGUAACAUUUUGGAUAAGCCGCUUGAGUCUUCGUUCGGUUUCAUUACUGUGUUGCCUGGUGCGUUCUCUGCCUACCGGUUUGUGGCACUCCAGAACGACAAAAACGGCCAAGGUCCCCUGGAGAGGUAUUUCAUGGGUGAGAAGAUGCACGGUGCCAAUGCCGGUAUUUUCACAGCCAAUAUGUAUCUUGCUGAGGAUCGAAUUCUGUGUUUCGAGAUUGUGUCCAAGAGGAAGUGCAGAUGGCUCCUUCAAUACGUCAAAUCUUCCACUGGUGAGACUGAUGUACCGGAUCGCAUGGCUGAGUUCAUUCUUCAGCGCCGUCGUUGGCUGAACGGUAGUUUCUUCGCUGCUGUGUAUGCCAUUGCCCACUUCUAUCAGAUCUUCCGCAGUGACCACAGCUUCCUCCGCAAGUUCAUGUUGAUGAUUGAGUUUGUUUACCAAACGGUCGCGAUGAUUUUCGCAUGGUUCGGUAUUGGAAACUUCUUCCUGGUCUUCCACAUCUUAACAACAUACUUGGGAUCAGAUGAUCUACUGGGUACUGCUGGUAAGGUUUUGGGAAUUGUCUUCGAAUGGCUGUACUUGGCAACUCUCGUUACUUGUUUCGUCCUAGCGUUGGGUAACCGACCAGGUGGCUCCAACAAAUUCUACAUGACGAUGGUAUACUUCUGGAUCGUGAUCAUGAUCUAUCUUGCCUUCGCGGCGAUCUUCGUCACGGUGAAAUCUAUCCAAACUGAGGUCUCAACCAGCGGCUUCACGGCUAGCGAUCUAAUCACCAAUGAUACCUUCUUCUCUAUCAUUGUGUCCCUUGGAUCGACCUACGUGAUGUGGUUCCUCGCCUCCUUCAUUUUCUUGGACCCAUGGCACAUGUUCACAAGUUUCAUCCAAUACAUCCUUCUCACACCAACAUACAUCAACGUUCUCAAUAUUUAUGCCUUCUGUAAUACCCAUGAUAUCACAUGGGGUACCAAGGGAGACGACAAGGCCGAGAAACUACCUUCUGCUCACCUCAAGCCCGGUGGCAAGGUUGAUGUGAACAUCCCACAAGACGACGGAGAUCUGAACGCGCAGUACGAAGCCGAGAUCGCUAAAUUCGCUUCAAAGCCCCCGAAGGAGAUCACGGUCAUCUCCGACGAGGACAAGCAAGCAGAUUACUACAAGGGAUUCCGCAGUGCUGUCGUGCUUGCUUGGGUCUUCUGCAACUUCGCUCUUGGUGCGGUCGUCCUCAGCGCCGCUGGUCUCGAAACCUUUGACGAAAAGUCUUCAAGCAGUGAGGAUUCAACGCAGAGCGAGCGCUCUAUGAUCUACAUGAGAGUCGUUUUGUGGAGUGUCGCUGCCCUUUCAAUGUUCAAGUUCGUUGGCGCCAUGUGGUACCUGGUUGUCAGAAUGUUCCGUGGCGUUUGA